CGCAAAAUUCACCUCGCGCUAUCGAUUCAACAGCAGAUACAGUAGCCGCGGUCGGUUCAUACAGCAUGUCGGAUGUAUUACCGUAUAACGAGGACAAAAUGACUCAUUAUGGCAACGACGGGGACGAGGAACACCUUUCCUUCACCUGCCGCCUCCAAGACACCGACAACUUUUUCAGUGGCAACCAGAAUAAACGACCACCAAAGCUGGGGCAGAUCGGGCGAAGCAAAAGAGUCAUCGAGGAAGACAACGAUGGCGAAGCACUGGACAAGAGCACAGAGAAGUCCUCGUCGGCGUGAACAGACCCAAAGACUCUUGACCUCUAUCCAAAGACGUUGUGAAGAGGCACUCUCUCUCAUCUGGCGACAAGCACUCCACGCAUUCUCCUCUCGAUCCCCCAAACUCUCCAUUGUCCAGGGUUUACAGCGUGAACCGGCGGUCCGGAAGAGCGGCCCAGGGGCUUGAAGGAAUACUGUGUUUUCCAAACUAUACUCCGAGAUAUGUGCAAUGACAGGGUUCGGUCUCAUUAGAGACCGGAUUCUUCUUUUUUUGGGGUUCUAAUGAAGCAAUUCGAUAGACUGUGCAAACAGUACCAUUAACAUCAAACCAGUACUUAACCCAGUAGCCUACUGGUGGUGUUAAUGGUAUGCUAGCAAUGUCGACCUUUUCUUCCAAAAGUGGACCUCCAAAGAGGUCCCACUACUAGCUAUUUAUUAAAUUUUUGGAUACAUAUUUUGCAGUGUUGAAGGUUGAGCAACCAUUUUAUAUAAUGGAACGAUGACGAGAAGUGACUUUUGCUCUGGAUAAAUGUUUUGUAUGUAGCUUAACUGUGAUCUGCUUCGUUUCAUUUCAUUCAUUUGAUGUUCGGUUCGAUCUGGAAUGUC